AUGACCUUUCUAAACCUUUUUCUUCACUCCAAUAUACGUAAUAAGACUGCUAUUGGUGUCCAAGCUUUACAAAAGCAAGGUGCAAAAUCUAUAGGAGUGGACAUAUCUGUCGAUGCACAAGGAGCCGCUGAAGGCGCAAUCUUGGGACAGUUUUCAUUUGAUAAGUUGAAGCAAAAAAAGAACGAUGAUGCUGAUAACAAUAAAGUAGUUGCUCCUUAUGCAACGGAAAGUAGCACAGACUUAAAAAGGGCUUGGGAAAUUGGUCAGAUUUACGGUACCUCACAAAAUGUGGCUCGCAUGUUAAUGACGACUCCAGCGAAUUUGAUGACACCAAAGUUGUUUGCAGAAGAAGUAGCUUAUCUAUUGGCUGGCUUGGAGAAUGUCGAUAUUAAGGUUCAUGAUGAGGAAUGGGCUACGCGUCAAAAGAUGAAUGCCUUUUUAUCUGUGGCAAGAGGAAGUACCGAGCCUCUUCGGUUUUUAGAAAUUCAUUAUAAGGGUGCAAAGGAUAAUUCAGAGAAGCCAUUUGGACUAGUGGGUAAAGGCAUCACAUUUGACAGCGGAGGAAUUUCACUCAAACCAUCCAAUAAUAUGCAUCUCAUGAAGGGGGACAUGGGUGGUGCUGCCGCUGUGGUAGGAGCUUUGUACGGUAUUUGUAAAUUGCACUUACCUGUAAACAUUGUCGCAGCCAUCCCAUUAUGUGAAAAUAUGCCUUCAGGAAAAGCAACAAAACCUGGUGAUGUUGUGAAAGCAAUGAAUGGCAAAUCCAUCGAGAUACUUAAUACAGAUGCUGAGGGUAGAUUGAUUCUGGCUGAUGCACUUCAUUAUGUGUCAUCGACGUAUCAACCAAAACAUGUUAUUGACCUCGCAACCUUGACAGGAGCCAUGGACGUUGCUCUAGGUGAAGUAUAUGCUGGUGUUUUCUCCAAUUCGGAUGACUUAUGGGCAAAGUUACAGAAUGCUGGUGAAGCAGUAGCAGACCCCUUCUGGCGUAUGCCCCUUCAUGAAGAUUACAUCAAAGAGAUGAAAAAUUCGUUGGUUGCCGACUUGGGUAAUAUUGGUACAAGAUCUGGUGGUUCUUGCUCAGCAGCAGGAUUCUUGCAAGAAUUCGUGGAUAAAAACGUCCCGUGGGCGCACAUUGAUAUUGCCGGUGUAAUGGCCUGCAAUGGUACCAAGGGAUAUCAUAUUAAAGGAAUGACUGGCCGCCCUACACGAGCUUUGAUUGAAAUGAUGAGAACAGCACAAGCAUGA